AUGCACAUUAAUGUAACAAUUAAUGUAUAUUUCAGAUUCCAACAAGAUGUGGAAAACUACGACCUCGAAACUCCAAAAUCAAGAAGCCAAGUCCACAACAUUGAUGAAGAUCAUCAGCAAGUAAAAAACCCAUCAUUAUCAUCAUCAUCAAUGUCAUGCAUGAAAAGGAACAUUACAGAGAAGAAGAAGAAGAAGAAAAAGCAGCUGUUAAGAGUCUUUUCAGAGGAUUACUACGAAUUAUCAACACUACUCCAUCAGAAGAUCUUAGACCCACGAGGAUCCUUCGUGCAAAUCUGGAACCGGGUCUUCUUGAUCGCAUCUCUGAUUUCACUCUUCAUCGACCCUUUGUUUUUUUACAUGCCGAGUGUUAAGGAGGAAAUCUGCAUGGUACGGAGUAUUCCAUUGGAAGUGGUUCUUACUGUCAUUAGGUCCGUCGUCGAUGCUUUCUACGUUGUCCAAAUCGCGGUUCGGUUCCGAACGGCUUACGUGGCGCCGUCGUCUCGUGUGUUUGGGAGAGGAGAGCUUGUUAUUGAUUCAUGGAAGAUUGCUUCCAGAUAUCUUCGCAAGGAUUUCUGGCUUGAUUUCCUUGCUGCCCUUCCCGUGCCUCAGGUGUUGAUAUGGGCACUAAUUCCUAUACUAAGGGGUUCGAAUAAGAUCAGUGCAAAGAAUCUGCUGAGAUGUACCAUAAUCUUACAAUUCCAUUUGAGACUGAUUCUCAUAUUUCCACUGUCAUCUCAAAUCAUCAAGACUGCUGGAGUUAUUGUUGGAGCUGCUUGGGCUGGCGCUGCUUACAACCUUUUGCUUUACAUGCUCGCAAGUCAUGUCAUUGGUUCUUGCUGGUACCUUCUCUCAAUAGAGAGACAAGAGCAAUGUUGGAAAAAAGUAUGUGAUCUUCACCAACAACCAGAAUGCCAGUAUAGGUAUUUCGAUUGUGGCAGAAUGUACGAUCCAGACAGAGUGAGAUGGUUCUUAUCAAGCAACAUUUCUCGAUUAUGUGCGCCUGAAAAUGGAGGGUUCUUCAACUAUGGAAUCUACGCUGAUGCUCUGGUUUAUAAAGUUGCAUCUUCUGAUUUUGUCAACAAAUUCUCCUAUUGUGUCUGGUGGGGUUUAAGAAACCUAAGCUCUUUGGGGCAGAAUCUUUUUACAAGUACAUAUGUGGGAGAGAUAGAUUUUGCUAUUGCUAUUGCAAUAGUUGGACUGGUUCUUUUUGCUUUGCUUAUUGGGAACAUGCAAACAUAUUUGCAAUCCCAUGGUCAAAGGCUAGAGGAAUGGAGGGUUAGAAGAACCGACACAGAACAAUGGAUGCAUCACAGGCAGUUGCCUCAUGAUCUGAAAGAAAGAGUCCGAAAGUAUGAUUUGUACAAUUGGGUCACCACCAGAGGCGUCAAUGAAGAAGCCAUUUUGAAGGGUUUGCCUUUGGAUCUCAGGCGUGACAUCAAACGUCAUUUAUGCCUUGAACUUGUUCGUGGGGUUCCACUUUUCGAUCAAAUGGAUGAGUGCACACUGGAUGCAAUAUGCUUAAGGCUAAAGCCACUCUUAUACACACCCGGAACUUGCCUGGUACGCGAAGGUGACCCUGUCAGCGAAAUGGUAUUCAUCAUAAGAGGCCAUUUAGAUUCCUACACGACAUGUGGCGGCCGCACCGGAUUCUUCAACCUGUCUCGCCUCAGCCCGGGUGAUUUCUGUGGCGAAGAACUCCUGACGUGGGCGCUAAACCCGCGUCCGGGCAUCAUCCUCCCCUCGUCCACGCGCACCGUGACAGCCAUCACUGAAGUGGAAGCAUUUGCACUGGUUUCGGAUGACGUGAAAUUCGUGGCGUCCCAAUUCAGGAAAUUGCACAGCAAGAAACUGAGGCAUACUUUUAGGUACCAUUCCCAUCAGUGGAGGACUUGGGCUGCUUGCUUCAUCCAGGCCGCAUGGUACCGAUACAAACGGCGAAAACAGGCCGCGGAACUGAGGUUAAAGGAGAACAUGGACCAUGAUUAUGAUGAGGAAAGUGGCGGUGAUGAUUGUGACGGUUAUCAUGAUAAUGAUCUUUCUCCAUCGGAAACAGUUGCUCAUAGAUCUCGUUCAUAUCCACCCAGAGCGUCCAAGUUUGUGAGGUAUUCAACUACAUUAACACCAAGGAGGAACGCGAUGGAAUUGGACUUUGUUAGGGCACUGCAAAAGCCUGUGGAUCCUGAUUUUUCAGUUGAAGACCAGUGA